AUGGAGAACGAUGUGAUUGCUAACGGUCGUAUUUCGAAUCUUUGCGAUACGCUUCCCAAGUACCCCAGCCUUCGAACCAUUAUAAAGCGAAUGACGAAAAGAAUCCGACCUCAAGGACAAGUUGGAGUAGGCGAUAUUGAGGACGGUGUCUCGGAGCAUAUGAAACGUAAAUGGGAACCACCAAACUGGCGGGCUCAACUUAGCAAUAUUCGGAAAAUGCGCGAAAGUCGCGACGCCCCGGUAGACUCGAUGGGUUGCGAAAGAUUGGCUGACGAAACAGAACACCCGAAAACAUUCAGAUUGCAGGUACUGAUAAGUCUUAUGUUGUCAAGCCAGACGAAAGAUCAAAUUACGGCAGCUGCAAUGGAGCGUCUGAAGUUGAGAGGGUGCACGCUUACAACGUUGACAAGCAUGAAGACAGAAGACUUGCAGGAAUUGAUAUACCCAGUGGGAUUUUAUAAGACAAAAGCUUUGAAUAUAAAGAAAACGUGCGAGAUCUUAAAGGAAAAAUACAACUCAGAUAUACCAGAGACUGUUGAGGAGUUAUGCACCUUGCCUGGUGUCGGUCCGAAAAUGGCAUAUUUAGCAAUGCAGUGUGCGUGGAAAAAAGUGACUGGAAUCGGUGUCGAUACACAUGUACAUCGAAUUAUCAAUCGUUUAAAAUGGAACAAAAACCAACCAAAUCUCCAGAAGAAACUCGUCUGGCCCUCGAAGAAUGGUUCCCAAGGGAACACUGGGAUGAAAUUAAUUGGUUACUAG